AUGACCGCUUCUGAAGUGGCGGCCGCCGCUGCCGAGAGACGCCUUCAGAAGAAGAACGAGCCGCAAGUGGACGCGAGCAAAAAGAGAAUUCAGAUGAUUGCGAAGCAGCAACUCGACGAAGAGAGACGCCGACUCGAGGAGCUCAACAUUUCUGACCAGAGGUAUACAAAAACCUGGUAAUCUGAGCCAAACAACCGUUUCUUUUAGAAAGUCGACUGAAGCGGAGCGUCCGCAGGAACUGGAGCACGGAUCGGCCAUAUCGAGAGUGCUGUACACGUGCGAACUGCUCGGCGAGGACCUCGUGGGAACGAAGGCCGAGUUGCUCAAGGAAAUCGAAAAGUUCCUGCUGGAGCAGAUCCACGAAGCCGACGAUGAGAACGACAAGUGGAUCGCCGCCGUUCUCAUGAUCUAUUCGCUGAACAAAUCCGCACAGAAAGAGGUUUUUCGUCGAUUUUAAACGAAUUUCUAUACAUUUGUUUUCCAGUUGGCAAUCACGACGAUCAGUACGGUGUGCGAGAACAUUCUCAAGGAUUUCAAGGAGGAAAAGUACAAGAGAAUCCGGCUGAGCAAUCCGAAAAUGCAAACAAACGUGCUAGCGACUGUCGGCGGGCGCGCGUUCCUCGAGUCGGUCGGGUUCGAGGAGCAGUCGGUGAACGGAGAGCCGCAUCUCGUGUACACGCGUUCGGACGACGUCCAUCUCGUGCACGCGCUGGAAGUUUUGAAGGACGGAGAACCGGUGCCGAUCAAGGUGGCCCGCAAUAUGGAGCUCUUUGUGCUCAGGGAGGGGCAGCAGCCGAGAGCGCCGAAGCUCGCCGCCGACUUUUUCAAUUUGUCGGCUACCGAACUGAAGGCCGAGCAGAAGGCCAAGGAGAUGCAAGUGGAGAGGGUAAUAUUGCAGAAAUUCAGUUAAAUCUGAUAAAGUUUCUGUGGAUUUCAGAUGCUCACGCUGCGUACGAAGGAGAUGAGACAAAAGGACGAGCAAUUGUCCAACUACCGAUACAAAUACACUCUGAUCCGUGUGCGAGUGCCCGGAAACGUGCUCAUACAGGGCGUUUUCGGGUGCCACGAGCCCUUCUCGGCCGUCCGCGUCUUCAUCGCCUCCGCGCUCUCGGCAGCCCACGCGACUUCUGAAUUCUCGCUCCGCGACGCCGUCGGACAGCUCGUUGAGGACGAAUCGGCCACUCUCGCACAGCUUUCGCUCGCCCCCGCCGCUCUUCUCCAUCUGGUCUUUGCCCAGAUUCCGACUGAAACCGAGGGAAUCAUCGCCGACGAAUACAUUCAUUUGAUCAAGGAACUCGAGCAGUGA